UAAAUAUUAAAUUAUUUCAUAUAUUUUGUACUAAAUACCUACUUAUACAACCUAACUAAAUAAAAGUGGUAAAUUGCCUUAAUAACAACAAGUGAAACCCCUUAAAAUAUAUAUAAUCUUUUAUACUAUAUUAUUGCUAAUACAUAACAACAUAAGAUUUACAAUAAUUGAUUAACAUAAUAUUAUUAGUUUUGUUAUUAUCUUAUCAUUGAUAAGAUUAUAAGAAUCUAUAAAUUUAAUGAUUGUGUUUAAAUUAAGCCAAAUCUAACUACAAUUUGGUCACUAUGGCUGCUAUAUGGUCCAUGGGUCCUGGUACUUUAGAAGUGCCUAUGUCAUUAUUUCAAAAAAAUCGUCAACGGCUUGCUGAUAAAUUGAAAAGUGGUGAAGUUGUUAUUUUACAAGGGGGAGAAGAUAUCAGCCACUAUGACACUGAUAUCCACUAUGUAUUUAGACAGGAAGCAUACUUUACAUGGGUCUGUGGUGUAAAAGAACCGGGCUGCUAUUUUGCACUAGAUGUGAAAACAAAGAAGUCUUAUCUUUUUGUGCCCAGAUUGCCUGAUGAAUAUGAAGUUUGGAUGGGCAAGUUAUUAACAUGUGCGCAAUUUAGAAAAAUAUAUGCAGUCGACGAAGUUUACUAUGUGGAUGAGCUCCACACAAUUUUGAAAUCCAUGAAUCGUGAUAAAUUGCUGACCCUUACUGGACCGAACACUGACAGUGGACUCACAGCAAAGGAAGCAGCUUUCGAUGGAAUUGAUGAAUUUAACGUGGACAAUGAGACAUUAUUUCCAAUCAUUGCUGAACUCCGAGUAUUCAAAACCCCCGAAGAAAUUGAAGUCAUGCGAUACGUCUGUAAAGUUUCGUCAGAUGCCCACAAACAGGUAAUGUUAUACGCGAAGCCGGGUUUAAAAGAGUACCAAUGUGAGUCCGUGUUUCUGGACCACUGCUACCGCGUCGGCGGGUGUCGCCACGUGUCAUACACGUGCAUCUGUGGCUCGGGCGACAACGCGGCGACACUACAUUACGGGCAUGCCGCCGCUCCUAACAGCAAGACAUUGGAAGACGGCGAUAUGUGCUUGUUUGAUAUGGGCGGAAAUUACGCGGGAUAUGCUGCCGACAUAACGUGCUCCUACCCUGCCAACGGAAAGUUUACUGACGACCAAAAACUUAUCUACGAAGCUGUUCUCAACGCCAGAGACGCAGUUAUAAGAGAGGCAACGCCGGGCGUGAAGUGGACAGACAUGCACCUGACUGCGAACCGAGCCAUGCUGCAGCACCUGAAGGAGGGUGGGCUGCUGAAAGGAGAUGUGGAAGAUAUGAUCAAUCACGGCGUGAACGCGAUACUGCAGCCACAUGGGCUAGGGCAUCUCAUAGGUCUGGACGUCCACGACGUGGGCGGCUACCUGCCUCACUGCCCCCCUCGUCCAGACGGCCCCCUGGGUAGACUCCGGACCGCCAGGGUUCUGCAGUCUACGAUGCUGCUCACCAUAGAACCGGGAUGCUACUUCAUAGACAAGCUACUAGACAGAGCUCAAGCAGAUCCCAAGCUGUCGCGAUUCUUCAACUGGGAGCGUGUGAACAGCUUCCGCGGCUUCGGCGGUGUUCGGAUCGAGGAUGAUGUACUCAUCACUGAUGAUGGAGUUGAGAACCUCACCUUCGUACCCAGGACGGUUGCGGAAAUUGAAGAGCAUAUGAAAAAUGGAGCAAAUUUCAAAUGAACGAAAAAACUUUUUAUAUAAUUUUAUAAACAAUAUCUUAUGUUUUUAAAGUGAUAACCCUCACUUCUAGGAUUAAUACACAAAUAAAAUUUGAAAAAAACAAAAAUUUAUGUACGAUGCGGGAUUCGAACCCACAACCUCCGGCGUUCCGUGCCGGUGCUCUAACCAACUGAGCAAACCGUUCGAGUACUGCCUCGUUAUAAAAUUCUGUUUGCUUUGUUUAAAUGUCAGGUUGUUUUGCUUCUUAGCUCAGUUGGUUAGAGCACCGGCACAGAACGCCGGAGGUCGUGGGAUCGAAUAAAGGCAUUUAUUUUCUCAAAAUUGAUUCCUUGAGAAGAAGCGGUGUAAGAAACUCCCAGCAUUCUUUUUUUGCGCUCUUUUCAAUAAAAAUAUACGAUAUUGUACAGUCAUUUCUAUCGCUAUAAAAUAAUCACAAUCACUAGAUUUAAAAAUUCCUGGGACUACCCAGGCUGUCCGAUCAUUUAGAUAUUCAGCAGUGGAGUAAUAGGAUUUACGACAGAGCCAUUUUUUUUAUAAAACAUUUAAAUUUAUUUAUAGAUAAUGCCUGAACAGUGGCUGGGACUUUAUUGUAGAAGUGUAUACAUUUACCCUUAAAGCUAUUAUGUAUCUUAUGAAGCCUACUAGAAUUAGUUACAAGCAAUCCCUUAUUUCUAGUGUUAGAAUCCCGCAUCGUUCAUAAAAUUUUGUUUUUCAAAUUUAAUUUGUGUAUAAUUUUAUAAUAUAAAGUGUACUUAUGCCUAACCUACGUUAUAUUAUAUUGUAUAUUUUGAAUUGGCAAAGUGAUAAAAAUAAAUAUUAUCAACGUUUUAUCAAUACUUUUAAAGAAACGUUUGCAAGUUAAAUUAUUAUUACUGUUUCUUACUAUAAGUGUAAUGUAGCCAUUUAUUAACAAUGUGAUACUGAAAAGUUUAUUGUUGUGUUUAUCAGAUUUAACUUAUAAAUAUUUUUAUCAAUA